CCCCCCCCCCCCCCCUCCUCCUCUCCUCUCCUCCUCCCCGGGAAUAUUCUCUACAAUGGCGACUCCCAGUCACAGCAACAACUCCAGCAGCUCAGCCCAGCAGCAGACCAGUCAGCAGCAAAGCAGCACGACCUGCAUGCAGGAACUGAAACACAGAAAUCUGAAACAGAAGCCCUUCCUCAGCCCAGAGCAAGACCCAGAGGGGAGGAGGGUGGGAAAGUUGGUAUGUGGAGGAGAACUUCAUUCAAAAAAUGAGGACUACUAUACCUUUGGGGUUGAGCUAAACUGCUGCGGAAAAGAGCAAAUAAAACGCAAAGCAUUGAAGCUGAAUUUUGCCAACCCAGCCUUCAAGACAACGGCAAGACUUACGUUGAAUCCUUCAGGAGGAGUUCACUUCCAGAAUCCACACAUGUCCCGACAGCCCAAAAAGCAGGUCCCGGACUUUGGGCCUUUGGAAUUUUCAGCUCCUGCGGAUGAAGACUUCAUACUAAUGGAAAUGAAACGCACAAGGGAGAGGCUGCGGACGCAUAGCAUUGAAUCUUCAGGGAAAUUGAAGAUCUCUCCAGAACAAUUAUAUGACUUCACUGCUGACGAUCUAAAGGACCUAGGGGAAAUAGGACGUGGAGCCUACGGUUCGGUGAACAAAAUGAUCCACAACCCAAGUGGACAAGUGAUGGCUGUGAAAAGAAUUCGAUCAACUGUGGAUGAAAAAGAACAGAAACAGCUUUUGAUGGACCUAGAUGUUGUAAUGAGGAGUAGUGACUGUCCAUACAUUGUUCAGUUUUACGGAGCCCUCUUCAGAGAGGGCGAUUGUUGGAUCUGCAUGGAGCUCAUGUCUACCUCAUUUGACAAAUUCUACAAAUAUGUAUAUGGUGCAUUAGAUGAUGUUAUCCCAGAAGAGAUAUUAGGAAAAAUCACAUUAGCUACUGUGAAAGCACUUAACUACUUAAAGGAAAACUUGAAAAUAAUUCAUCGAGACAUCAAACCUUCCAAUAUUCUUAUGGACAGGAAUGGCAAUAUUAAACUUUGUGACUUUGGUAUUAGUGGACAGUUGGUAGACUCCAUUGCCAAAACCAGAGAUGCAGGAUGCAGGCCAUACAUGGCGCCUGAAAGAAUAGAUCCAAGUGCUUCAAGACAAGGCUAUGAUGUGCGAUCGGAUGUUUGGAGCUUGGGAAUCACAUUAUAUGAGCUAGCCACUGGCCGAUUCCCGUAUCCAAAAUGGAACAGUGUAUUUGAUCAGCUCACACAGGUGGUAAAGGGAGAUCCUCCACAGCUCAGCAACUCUGAGGAGAGAGAAUUCUCCCCCAGCUUCAUCAACUUUGUCAACCUGUGCCUUACAAAGGAUGAAUCCAAAAGGCCAAAGUAUAGAGAGCUUCUGAAACAUCCUUUCAUCUUGAUGUAUGAAGAGCGUAAAGUAGCAGUUGCAGGCUACGUUUGCAAAAUCUUGGAUCAAAUGCCUCCAACCCCGAUUUCCCCAAUGUAUGUUGAUUAAUUUGCUGCUGAAAAAGAUCGAUGAGAAAAAUCAAGGUGUAAAGAUUUAUGUGGCACAUUGCAGUGUUUCUAUUUUUAACUUGCCCAAACAGACCGUGCAAUAAAAAAUUGGUGUUCAUUUUCUUUUGUGUCUGGCCACUAUUGUCCCAUCUGAAAAGCAUCCUUCUCAUAGUAGCGAAGUCCAUCAUAAGUGUAUUUGUCUGGAGCAGAGAGCGAAAGAGUCGUUGUCUUUCCAGGAUAGUUGUGUGGAGUCUGGUAAUGUGUUCCAUUUAACCUGAACUAUGUUGGGACAUUAUGCAACGGAGGAGUUUUUAAAAACUGGAGACUUCUCAGUUCAUUGCUGGAAAGGCCACGUCUUUCAAACAAGCAUAGACUAUUUCAGUCAACUCCAAGCAAUCCGAUGCUUUAAUAGAUAUUGGGCGUUUUGCCUUCAAUGAAAGGAAAUUUGUACAUGAACAGGAUACUUUGAUACCACCUCGUGCAAGAUUGAGGAAAUUUGCUUCACAAAGUGCAAUAGAUUUACUGAUUUUAAUUCUGUUGCGUUAGUUAGUGUAUAUCAUGUAGGAGUAAAUUCACCUGUAUUUUACUGUUAAUAAAUUUGUUUAAUAACUGAACAGCAUUUCUUUCACCAAAAAAUCAUGUGGACAGAGGUUGAUGAUGCAAAGAGAGCGGUAAUCCCCUAUAACUGACUUUUAUAUAAAUAAGUGUGUGAUCACUGUACAGUAAAUUUGUAACCCUUAGAAAACAGGCGAAUCACCUGCGAAAAAUUUGUUUUUAAUCUUGUCUAUUGAAACCUGAAGAGAAGUGGUAGCAGGUGCUUUGAAGUACUUUGUGAACAACAUGCUUAAAGGGCAAAAGCACGCUGGCAACAAAAUUAAGGCUUGUAUUGAAAGAAUAAAUACUUUCCCGUUUGUUAAUCAGUCUGUAAACGUGCACAGUGAUGUCUCAGUAUGUUAGACAAAAGCAAGAUGUGUAUGGAUUGUACAGUAAGCAGCCAACAGAUUUUUUUAUGUUACUCACUGAGGUGCUCCUACCACGGUUUCAACAUACUGUUUUUAUCUGAAAUUAUUGAUACACAAUAGACCUGUGUAACUAACGGCUGAAGACUUUGUGUAACCCUGAGUUUAGCCGUGUUCUAAUUACACAAAUCUGCUUCUUGGUUUUGUUAUUAGCUCGUUUUUUUUAAAAAAACACUCCUGCCCCAUAAAAUCAAAAUGGAUUACAAACUGUUCGGCAUUGCAGUAUUCUAAGUAAUAUUGAAACUGCGCAAGACCAAAAAUGGUGACGAUUACUUGGCCCGGAACCUGCCAGACUGGGAAAAUUACUAUUGAUUAGAAAAUUGGAGUAGCUAGAAAAACGGGAAUGGUGAUUUUUUUUAUUGCACAGAAAGCAGGAACAUUCUGCUGCAGAGUCCUCGGCUGUUCUUUUGCAUACUAACAUCUGGCAGGGGGAGUGUGGGAGAGGUUACUUUUUGGGGUGGGAGCUGGACUUUUGACUGGAAUAUUUUGUGGUGGACGAGUACUUAAUCUGCUUCAUAGAAUCAUGUCAUACACGUACUGAAUUCUGAAGAUUGAUCCUCUGCCUGCUUUACCCCUUCAACACAUGCCCCCACUUCGCCCACCCCCAACCCUCCUUUCCCUUGUUUAGCAGUUCAGUUAUAAACAUUCAACUCUGCGCUGUUCGAUGAUGGGGGAAAACAAACGCGUGUGGCGAGAACGUCAAGGGACUUUUCUUUUAAGCUUCGAGUGGAAUGCCUGUAAAAAUCGGCAAUUGGUAUAUUAAUCUUAGAUUAUAAUCUAUUAAGGGUGAGGAGUAUAUUGCAAUGUAUCUUUUAAAAAAGGUGUAUAAUGGUCACAAACUGUGAAAAUAGAAUAAAAACUGUACAUUGUGAAAUUUGGUUAAUUUUUUUUCCUGUACGAUAGAAAAAUGUAUAAAAACAAAUCAAAGCUGAUGUACAGGGAUGAUGCCUUACUCGUCUGUGAAAGCUGAGCUCACUGAACACCACAAAAGCAUUACUUUUAAGGAGCUCAAUGGAUAUUUCUUAUCCUGUAUACUGGUUUGACUUCUUCCUAUAUUUAAAACAUUAUAUAUGGAAUCUAAGUGUUCAUGUAAUAGUUCUAUACUCUUGCCUGCAGGUCAGUUGUAAUAAAACUAGGAUGUGACUGUGACCUUGUCCUUGUUUUUGUAAGGUCUGAAACACACAAUUGCAAAAAUAAAAAUUAUACAUUGAAAUACUGGA